AUGCUGAUGAAAACGCGCCGUUAUGCUGACUGUGCUCCUGCUCUAGGACCGACUACCGUGUAUAUUCCACAGUGCCUGAAGAACUUUUCCAACCAAAUGACGACUCGUAAGAGCAUGAAUGCUGGGUUAGUCGUAGACGAAGUGAUGGUAAUAGAGUCGGUUGCAAUUGCGGACGAACCUGUGACGGUGGUCCAGGUCAACACGGUCAUGAUGCUCAUUCGGGGUUAUGUUAUGAUGAAUUUGCGCAUUCGUGAAAACCUGUUUAAACAUUCAUUUCCUCUUCAGUUUUACUUUUUCAUAGCCAUUCCGAAAUGGGGCUAUUUCGACCCGUCAGCUACCUUUGGCUCGGCAAACGUUUCCGUGGUAUUGCAGGUGUCGUUGCAGCUUGGAAUGACCGUGGCGAAAUUCGAAUCGUCAAACGGUUCACCGACGUUCGAUCCACAAUACAGUAGAAAAGUGAUGUUCAUGUUGUUAGAGCUUCACUCUACGACAGAAGCCCACGGCGAGAAAUUGGCUUUUAAUGUCGCCAUAGACAUCAUCAGUGCGCCGCUGGUUAUAGACGAACUGAAAUGUUAUGGAUGGCAACAGCACGCUCCGAAAUCGAAUGAAAAUUACACACUUGCCAUUUUAACAGGAAUCACUUCCUGUGCCGGAAAUGGAACAUCGAAGACCUCAGUUUCGACUAGGUCCAAGAAAAUUUCUUACGGAAUCAUAAAAGUGAGGCAGUACGGAAUAAAUGUAGACAAAAAGCCACAGGUGAUUAAAUAUAAAGAAGCAUUUUCUCAGAAACAAGCAACAAAAGAGAACAUAAUAGACGGUCGUAUGUGA